GGGAAUAAAAUCAGCAGUGUUGAUAUUACAAAAUGACAAAACAUCCUCCGAAUAGAAGAGGGAUCAACUUUGAGGUGGGAGCCCAGUUGGAAGCCCGUGACAGAUUAAAAAACUGGUAUCCAGCACACAUUGAAGAAAUUGAUUAUGAAGAAGGAAGAGUACUUAUCCAUUUCAAACGCUGGAACCAUAGAUAUGAUGAAUGGUUUUGUUGGGACAGUCCUUAUUUGCGUCCCUUAGAGAAAAUACAGUUAAGAAAAGAAGGAUUACAUGAGGAAGAAGGUUGUGCAGGAUUUCAUAUAAAUGAUCAGGUAUUGGCAUGCUGGUCUGACUGUCGCUUCUAUCCAGCCAAAGUUAUUUCUGUUAACAAAGAUGGUACAUACACUGUGAAAUUUUAUGAUGGUGUAGUUCAGACUGUCAAAAACAUUCAUGUCAAAGCUUUUUCCAAAGAUCAGAAUAUUGUGGGUAAUGCUAAGCCUAAGGCAAGAGGUAAUGAAAUUCUGUCAUCUCCUGAAAAGCGGGAUAAAUUUAAAGAACAGAGGAAAGCAACAGGUAAUGCAAAGAAAGGCAAGGAUGAAAAGACAUUAAAGACUGAGAAGAGAGUUAAGCAACCUGAUAAAGAAGGAAAAUUGAUAGUCAUCUCAGAAAAGAGUAUAUCUAAGAAUGGAAAAGAAGAUAAAGAGAAUAUAUCAGAGAAUGAUAUGGAAUAUUCAGUAGAUACACAAAUUGAGAAGAAGGCUGAGAAUGACAAUGUAAAGACUCCACAGGAAAACACAAAAGAAACUAAACGAAAACGUGGAAGGCCACCAAUAACACCUCCAACAGAGCCAAGUUCUCAGACGCUGCAGCCCAUAACUUUGGAGCUAAGACGUCGGAAAAUACCUAAAGGAGGUGAAGUUCCAUCAAAGCGUCCUAGGAUUGAAAAAAACCUGCCUCAGGAAAAAUUCAAGAACUCUUCAGAUAACGCUGAAAGAGACCAGAUCAGGAGACGAUCUUCAAGACUCUCAUCUAGUAUUAGCCAUGAGAUUUUAAAUACAGAUCAUGUCACGACUUCAGCAGAAACUCAGCUUUCGAAAGAUGCUGUAUCUAACCAAAAAGAAUCUGAGAAGGUCAAGUUAGAAAUUCCUGUUGAAUCUGACCAGAGUUUUGGUGAACAAGGAUCUCCUGGAAACACAUCACAUAGCACAGCACUUAGUACAGAUGCCAGUUUGCAGGAAGAAAAAGUUGAAAACACUGAGUCUUCCUCUGUUCCUCUCAGAACUCAAGAACCUUCUGCUGGUACGGUAACAAAACCUUGUAGGAGAGCAGAUUUUCUUGCAUCAAAAAAAACUGCAACUGUUGAUCAAGAUCACAAGUUUAGAUGCAAGUUCUUGGACUGUUCAAAAUACUUCCGCAAAGCCAAGUUACUGCAUUAUCAUAUGAAAUACUUUCAUGGAGUGGAGAAGGCUGCAGAAUCACAGCAGAACCCUGUAAAAAGAAAUAUUCAAACCAGAGCUGCUUUGGCUUCUGAAAAAGCUAAUCAAGAAAGGUCAAAACGAGGACGGACCACAGCUGGUUCAUUGUAUGCUCCUCUACACAUAGCCCUAAGGAGUACCCCGUAUAGAGAUGAAAAGAUAGAAAAGAGAAGAACUUCAACUCCUGUAAGUGCAUUACAUAGUCCCCGACAUUCUGUUAGAAAACAAACCAAGAACCGCAUAGCGAGAUCACUGCGCAAGCCUCAAGAAAGAGAAAGAGUUGGAAAUGCUGUUGAAGAACAUGAGAAGAACAAAGAAAGAAAAUCCAAAGACUGUGGAAGGUCCAAGUCCAAGAAAAAGAAAAGAAAGAAAAAGAGAACUAAGCCUGAAUACUCUGGCAGUGAAGAAAACACAGAUAUUUCGCAGGAACUUUCUUCUGAAAAAUCAGUUGUCGCAAAAUGUAUUUCUUCAAAUAAGUCAUCUGCUCACCCAAGCAUGCUGCUGCAGUGCCCUGAUUCUGGACAGCACAGAGGAAAAUCAAAAACAAAUGAGGAUGACACGCUGAGUGAGUCAUCUAUGGAUAGCUUGCUUUGGAGCGACGACGACUGCAGUCAGGAUGUUGACGUAACCACAAACCCUGAUGAAGAAGUUGAAGAAAGUGAUUUUGAGAUUGUUCGGUGUGUUUGCGAAGUAAAAGAAGAAAAUGACUUCAUGAUUCAGUGUGAAGAGUGUUUAUGCUGGCAGCAUGGAGUCUGUAUGGGUUUACUGGAAGAUAAUGUACCUGAGAAAUAUACCUGCUAUAUUUGCCAAGAUCCUCCAG